UCUCUCGUAUGUGGAAAGAACGCUAGCAGAAAGGUGAAAAAAUGGGUGUUAAAACAUUCACUCAUAAUUCCCCUGCUCACAGUCAGGAGAUGCUGGGGAAGCUGAACAUGCUCCGCAACGAUGGACAUUUUUGUGAUAUCACCAUCCGCGUCCAGGACAAAAUCUUCAGGGCGCACAAGGUGGUUUUGGCAGCCUGCAGCGACUUCUUCCGUUCCAAACUCGUUGGCCAAGCAGAAGACGAGAGCAAGAGCGUGUUAGACCUGCACCAUGUGACAGUGACUGGUUUUAUACCUCUUCUGGAAUAUGCUUACACAGCAACACUAUCUAUUAAUACAGAAAACAUUAUUGAUGUGUUGGCUGCAGCCAGCUACAUGCAGAUGUUCAGCGUUGCUAGCACGUGCUCAGAAUUCAUGAAGUCCAGCAUUUUAUGGAAUACGCCCAACAGCCAGCAAGAGAAGGUGCUGGAUGCAGGACAGGAGAACAGUGCAAACUGCAAUUUUACUUCUCGAGACGGCAGCCUUUCUCCAGUUUCUUCUGAGUGCAGUGUCGUGGAAAGAACCAUUCCUGUUUGCCGAGAGUCGCGAAGAAAGCGCAAAAGCUACAUAGUUAUGUCUCCCGAGAGCCCCCUUAAGUGUAACACACAAACAAGUUCCCCCCAAGUGCUGAAUCCUUCAACUUCUUACCCGGAGUCCAGAAAUCAGCCCGUGGACUCGUCUUUAGCUUUCCCCUGGACUUUUCCUUUUGGAAUUGAUCGAAGACUUCAGUCCGAGAAGGUGAAGCAGGCGGAGAACUCUAGGACUUUGGAAAUGCCUGGACCCUCCGAGUCCAACAGAAGAAUUGCAGAUUACGUGACUUGUGAGAGCACAAAAGCCAGUUCUCCCCUUGUGAUUGAAGAAGACGUGCGCGUCAAAGUGGAGAGGUUAAGCGAUGAGGAGGUUCACGAGGAAGUAUCGCAGCCUGUUAGCGCAUCCCAGAGCUCUCUGAGCGAUCAACAGACAGUCCCAGGAAGCGAGCAAGUGCAGGAAGAUCUCCUGAUCAGCCCACAGUCUUCCUCUAUAGGCUCAAUAGAUGAGGGGGUUACGGAGGGAUUACCCACACUCCAAAGUACCUCUGGCACUAACGCUCAUGCAGAUGAUGAUGAUCGUUUGGAGAACGUUCAGUAUCCCUACCAACUCUACAUUGCUCCUUCUACCAGCAGCACAGAGAGACCCAGCCCAAAUGGUCCAGACAGACCUUUUCAGUGUCCAACCUGCGGGGUCCGGUUCACUCGCAUUCAGAACUUAAAACAACACAUGCUUAUCCACUCAGGCAUUAAACCAUUUCAGUGUGACCGCUGUGGGAAAAAGUUCACCCGAGCUUACUCGCUAAAGAUGCAUCGCCUGAAGCACGAAGGUAAACGCUGUUUCCGGUGCCAGAUAUGUAGUGCCACUUUCACUUCCUUCGGGGAAUAUAAACACCACAUGCGGGUUUCCCGGCAUAUUAUCCGCAAGCCUCGGAUUUACGAGUGCAAAACAUGCGGCGCCAUGUUCACCAACUCUGGAAAUUUAAUCGUUCACCUGAGGAGCUUGAACCAUGAAGCGUCAGAGCUAGCAAACUACUUCCAGAGCAGUGACUUCCUAGUACCGGACUACUUAAACCAGGAACAAGAAGAGACCCUCGGGCAGUAUGAGCUAGGGGAGCAUGGCUUUGAAAGCAACUCUUCUGUCCAAAUGCCUGUCAUUUCACAGGUGUCGUCAACUCAGAAUUGUGAAAGCACUUUCCCCUUGGGGUCUCUGGGUGGGUUGGCAGAGAAGGAAGAAGAUGUGCCAGAGCAGCCAAAGACUAACGCCACUGCUGAGGCAGCCGCAGGUGACCCUCCGAAACCGGAGCUGUCAUCUAUUACUAUUGAAUAAUUCAUGGUUUGGUUUCAUUUUUGUUCUUUGGAAAGUGCCUGUGUUUGGUCCUGUACAUUUUAAUUUAAUUUUUUUAAACAAAAGUGGGGAGAUUAUCCCUUUUUACUUUGUAAGCUACGCUUUAAACAGAAAACUGCAACAGAUGUUACAUUAUUUUUCAUGACUGAAUGAUCACUUCUGUGAAAAUAUUUAAGACUGAAUGCACAAAAAGAUCUUGUCAGAACAUCAUGGAAGCUGUGAUACACUUCUAAAGAAGAACAACUGAUUCAGAUCACUUUAACUAUUUCUUCUUCCACAGUUAGAGCAGCUCAUUAAGUUUCUCUUGCUUCUGCAGACCCUCUGGUUAAGGGAAAGAAAUCAGAGGAAACCUUUUUAAAAUGACAAACAAAAGGAUGCAUUGGAAAUCGUUAUUGAACAGUUUUGACUAGUUUUGAGUGGAUGCUUUAAUCUUCUGCACAAAAAAAUGACACUUCCUAUCUCUGUGCCUGCUGUUUUUCAAAGCGCUUACUGUAACCCUUUUCUUGGAAAUGGUAAGCAUUUUUGAAACUAACAGUCACACAUUUUUUAAAAACACAUUGUCCCUUUUCAUCUCAGAUGAAUCAGUUUUGACAAACCAAGUGAUGUCAUGCCAGGUAUUCCUACGUCUUAUAUUCCAGUCCUUCUAGAAACUGCUUGAUCAAACAGCAUGUCCAGAUUUGCCCAUCUAAGGCUAGGCAUGGAAACACUACGGUCAGGAAAAGUCUAAUGGUGCAUAAUGAAUUGAGGAUGAUAGAAAAGUACAUAUCCGUGCAAGCCUGACAAAUCUCUCGUGACUGUAUCUUUCUGUAGAAGGGGAACCACGUAUGAAAACAAAGGUUUUUCCAAACUGAAAUUCUUAAAUCGUGGCCAGAUUGUUUGCGGUUCUGGUCACUUCCCCCUGCCACAUAUACUGUAUUUUUACUAAUCUCCAAACGCUGGCUAGAGGGAGUUUACAGAUGGGAAAAAAUGAGCUCUUUUGUGCAUUAUUGCACAUUUUUUUGUUUAUACUUCUGCAUGUAUAGUUUCUGAGAUUUUUAUUAGUCUGUUUUGGACAAAACAAGCAAUUUAUUCUCUUUAGAGGCCAACUUUCUAACCCAACAGGGGGUUGUUUACAAAAAGCCUAUAUAGCAAUGAUGAAUUGUUCCUGUUUCAAAACAUUUUAAAUCCUUGCCAACUCGGUUUAUUAAAGGCCAUUACUCCAGCUACAUACACAGCUCAAGUAAGCAAUAAAUUGAAAGAUUUGCAAUUUCAUUUUUCCAUAUUUAGAAAAAGCUGCAAAUUUAGGGUGUCGGAUUUUCAGAGCAGUGAGUCUUGUUUUGUCGAGGCUGUUUGGGCUAUAGGACUGCUUUGAAACCUAAAUUAGGAAAUACAUUAGGAGGUUUGUGAUUUUUUUUUUUUAUUGCUUCUGAAGUUAACUCGGUGUUUGAUGCCAAAUGCCUAUCGCCUACAGCUGACAUGCUGAGCGAGUAGGUAUUACUUGAUCUUAGUAUUCCAAAGGCAUGAUAUACUCCCUUAGUUUUGAAUCUUGUUUUUUGAAAUUGUUGUUUUCUGCCCGGGUUUGUUUUACGCAAACAUGAGGAGGAAAUGAAACCAACAGAGAAAGGUUGCUCCUGAAGAAACAGAAGACACAAAAGUCGUAUUAUAUUGCAGGAUCAAUUUGUAUUCAGUUAGCUUAGGCAGCUCUGAUACUCUGUAGGUCGGAGUUGUUUCUACUAAUAGCCAAUUUUUGUAAGGAAAAGAGUUAAUUGCCCUUUGGAAAGAGCUUAAAGGGUUUCAGUGAGUUUAACAAUUUUUCUCUGCUGUGUUUUAGGUAAAAAACACACAUUUUAGUUAAAUAGAGUGAAAACAGUUGGGAUUUAAGUCCUUUCCAAGUUACUGGAAUGAAGUUUCUCCACCAGAUCUAAAGGGUGUUUUAGAAACAUGCUGCAAAGAAGUUCUCUGCUACAAUUCAGUCUUGUAUAUCUACCUUUGUAAGUCUUAAAAGGGCUUGAGGGAGAAAUUCUUUUUUUGGGAUGCUGUACUGUGAAUUAGUCCAGUGCCUGUUGAUGGGCUGAAUUUAACGACCAGUUCUCUUCCACUUCCGAUUUCUAUAACUGAGAAGCCAGUGAGACAAGACAAUGCCUUUUGCUGAGUUUUAUCCCGAAUUAUAGGGCUGUGACACUGAACUCAAAUACAGAAUUUUCUUUUUUUCUGAUAAGCGUUACUCUGCAGGUAUAUGAGAAUCCUUUGUGAUUCAUGUAGUAAAAAGUACUUCACACAGAAACACAUUUCCAGACUGUACGGAUGUAAUAAUCAAAGGCGGUCAGAUGUAGAUGGACAUAAUCUUCUGUUCGAAUCUGACCAUUUUCACCCGUUAGAUAUUUUGCUGAACAGUUUAUCGGUGAGGAGAUGAGCAAAUACAGAACAGACAUAUCUGGAUAUUGGAUUUUGAAGACUUAAAAUUUUGUGUCAGAAGGCAAACUGCUUUCUGAAUACCAAAGAGAAGGGGGAAAAAAAGUUAAAAAGACUUUGUAGCUCUAAUCUGUUCUUCCUUGAAAAGAAAUGAGUGUCACUAACUGUUAACACCUUGGUACAAGGCAAGUCAUGGGUUUCCUUGUUCAUUGCACUGUGUUACACGUUAUCUUUGCAACCCUGUAAUCUCUGUGUAACAUCUUAAUUUAGUUCUCGCUUUUCAAUCUGAUUCAACUGCAGGAACAAUAGCGUUCUUAGAGGAUUUUGUUUGUUUGUUUGUUUUAGGGUUGGGUUUACUUGUUAAUUUUCCUGUUUGUAAUCGUUUCUUGUUAAUAUCUCUCUUCUCCAUAGAAGUGAACACAGAUUAAAUACAAAUACCGUCUUAUUUUUCCUCCCUAACUUGUUGGAAGUGUUCAGUUCUUUGAAAUGCUGUUGUUCUUCACAGGAGAGAUGUAAAAACAUAGGACAUCUUAAAACAAUCUCUGUUGCUAAUAUGCUUAGAUUCCAAAUUGAGCAAGAUAGAUAUCUAAGCUAGAAGAAACUUGCCUUAAACUACACUUGGGAUUAAACCUAAAGCAUAAAUUUCUUUCAAUACAUUAUCAGAGGGUUUUGAACUCCGGACUGCAUUUUCUUUUUUUCUCUUUUUUUUCUUCCCCCCCCCAUUAGUAUGCAUUUAUAUUUCUGUUUGACAAGGAUCACAGAAUCACAGAAUAGUUGAGAUUGGAAGGGACUCUGGAGGUGAUCUAGUUCAACCCCCGUGCUCAAAGCGGAGUCAGGGAGAGCAGGUUGCUCAGUCCAGUCAGAUUUUGAAUAUCUGCAAGGUGGAGACUCCCCAGCUUCUCUGGGAAAGCUGUUCCAGUGUUUGACCACCCUCACCGUAAAAAAGGUUUUAGGAUGUUUGGGUGGGAUUUCUCGUAUUUCAGUUUGUGCCCACUGAGAAAGGUCUGGCUCCACCUUCUUUACCCCCUUCUAUCCGGUAGUUUUACACAUUGGUAAGAUCCCCCUGAGCCUUCUUUGAUGGGACAAAACAGUCCCAUCACGCUCAGCCUGUAUGGCAGAUGCCCUAGUCCCUUCAUCGUCUUUGUGGCCCUUACAAGUUGUUCAGAAUUUCUUCCAAGUAGCUACAACGUAUGACCCAUCGCAGCAGUUUCUUUGUCGAUGAGUAGUCUCCAAAUUCAUUCCCAAAGUGAUUUAUGUGUUGCUUUUGCAUAUCCUUCUCCCCUGUGGCACCAAUCUUUGCACUCAGUGGAAAAUCCUUUCCUCACCCAUUUAUUUUGCAGAGUGCCUUCACUACCACAGAACUAGCAAGGUUCUGCCGUAUGCCGGGGACCCGGAUUCUCGGAGUCUGUGCAGGGUCUUUACUCCUUGCCUAUUGUGUAGAGCAGUACAUCCGAUGGGAACAAUGGGAAAGGAAGGGAUAGGUUUUUUCCUGAUUUAACGUGGUGUUUUGGGAGAGGGGAAAAAAUUCAGGAGCUUUCUAUUUCCCCGCAAAAAGUAGAAGAAAAAGAAGUGAUGUUUUAGCCGUGGGGGAGAUUUGGCGAAGUUGUAAGGGUUCGUUUUGUUUUUCGAUGCAGACACAUAGCACGGGUCCCCUGGAAAUCCAUGGGGAUGCCUACACAUUUAGCAAAUGAAGCUCCCCGUCAGAACUGCUUGUCACUGUUCUUACACCGCAUUAAAAAAGAUGUGUGUUCCUGAGGAUUUGUCUGUCUUACUACAGUUUGAGUUCAGUUGUCAGGCUCACAGGUACUAUGGUCAAGUCUCUCAUACUGAGAGAUUAGUAGACUAGGUUAUUGAAAAUGGUUCUGGGUUCACAUGUAUCUUGAGUCUAAAAGGUGUGAAUUUAAACUUUUUAAAAAAGUAAUAGCUGCCAAUGCAGUAAAAUAUAUUUUAUAAGACUAUGAUCCCUAUAUGUCCCUUACGGGAUAAAAUUUUAUUGUUUUUAAGCUAUGGUUUAAAGUUUUUAUAUGAGGGCUUCAGUCGCUUCUUGGUUGCUGGCUUUCCCCUCCAGCCCCAGGAUGUAAGAGCACUGAGACUAUUGCCGGUCUCUCUCUGAGACGAACCAUGAAGCAUUUUAUAUGCAAAUAGAACGGGAGCUUUGUGCACCCUGCAGGGAUGGAGAAAAUGCAGAUGUAGGAGCGCCUGUUGCUCCUACAUCCGUUGCAACUUCCACACCAUCAGAAUAUGGAAAAUAGCUAAUUUUCAUUCAGAUCGGUUACGUUCGAGUUUUGCUUACAAGGUGAAACCCAGUUUUGGAGGGUUCUCAUCUCCAAGUAUGGACAUAAUAAAUUCCAUAGCAUCUCGAUGACAGAUAAGAGGGUUCAAGGCCGGACGGUGCCUCAGCCACAUCAGAGGUCCCUGGUAAAUAGAGUCGGUUCAAAGUAUUUGAGGAAAUGUACCAUAAAAAACAAAUGUGAAUUUUUUUAAUGCAACAGUACUUACCGCUCUGGGUUUUUGUUAACUCAAUGUGUGCUAUCACAGUAAUUCAGUGUCCCACAGGUCUCAACUACAAAUCUGGUUGCACUAAAAAAAAAAAAAAAAAAAAGCCGAAUCAGUUUCUGGUGCUGCCAGCCUGUGUGGCAACUGUACCUACAGUCUUCCUGAGGGUUGCUGAAGUCCCCAGAGGAGUGAUUUUGUUUAACCAUUCGUUUAGCUGAUGCAUGCUUUUGAUAUUCUGACUUAUAGCCCUGGCUACACAAAGUUCUUGGACAGCUUCUUUGCCCUGUUCCUGCAGUGCCUUCACUCUAGGUGCUGCCCUAUGGUGAAACCCCGAAGAGGGAAAAGAGUAAGCUGGAGGAAAAAAUGUGAAUUAAAUUAUUGUUGGGCUUCUUUGUGCAUUUUAGUAACAGUGAAACCCCCUUAACUGUGCCAGUCUCCGGUCACCAGCCGUAUAUCCAGUCGUCAUCUCAUCCACAGUACAGCUUCUCUUGUUGAUGCUGGCCACAGCUAGAUUACUUGGCAUGUUUAUUGACUUAACAGAAUUGUUUUUUGGGUUUGGUUUUGUUUUUUAAUGUAUACGAUGUUUAAAUACACUUCACAUUUUAUAUAAUACUAUCUGGCUAUUAGUAUUUUUCAGGAACCAUAGUUCUUGGUGGCUAUAUAUAUUUUUGUGACUUUUUUUGUAAACUAAGUGCCGUUUCAACGUUACAAUCAUUUUUAGAGUUAUUGUAAUCAAUGUGAAUAUCAUGUUUUUUCAAAUCUGUUCUGAGCCUGUAGUGUUUGCUUUGUGAUCAUAUGUGUAAUGUAUAUAUUCUGUAUAGUUACAUUGUAUUGAAAUACUAGCUUGUUUGAUAUAAGAAAAGUAUGUAUUGGGUACCUUUUUGCUAGCCUGGUUGUUUAAUCUUUAAAAAAAAAAUGUUCUAAAAUACAAAAAAAAAAAAAAUCUCCAAACUGGUCCCAUUAUAGGUCAAAAUUAAGGGGGGAGAAAAACUAGUUUUGAGUGUCUUUGGAUAGAAACAUGAAGCUAAGAUUUUUCAUUAAAAUAUUAAUGUUUUAUGGAGUAUAUCUUUGCUUUGUGUCGUUAUUUAACUAUACCAGAGUUUGUCUUGUAGCACAAAAGACUAGCUUUGACCUUGUGUAAGAAGGUGCGACUCUGUUGCUAGAGCUACAUUCUCUUAUAACUUUUGCUUAUAAUUAGUCUCAAAAUAGUUGCGUAUGUGGAGAAGUCACUGUUGCCGAAGCUGUCGUUGGGAGGAAGGUAGUUUAAAACAAAAUAAGCAUUAAUAAAUGAUUGGAGAAUUACAUGAGUAAAGAGUAUUAAGAAUAAAGUACACGUUUCUGUU